AGGAGGAGGGACAGAAGGUUGAAAGUGAAGGAGUACUUAGUCAGUUGAGUAAAAAAAGAGGACAAUAUGAAGAAAAGGGUCAAACAGGCAGAGACAAUUUAAAUAGCGGGAAGACAAGAGGACAUGUGGCAGAAAGAGAGAGAGAAGAAUCUGACAGCAUGGCUGAGGGUUCAGGUGAGGUGUCCCUGGCAGAGCUGGAGACAGCAUUUCGUAAAUUUGCAGUUUAUGGAGACACCAAAGCAACAGGGAAUGAGAUGAAUGGGAAAAACUUUGUUAAGCUGUGUAAGGACUGCAAGGUCAUUGAUGGGAAAAAUGUCACCAGCACGGACGUGGACAUCGUCUUCAGCAAAGUCAAGGUUAAAUCAGCACGUGUCAUCACAUUUGAGCAGUUCACUCAAGCCAUGGCCGAGUUGGCUACAAAACGCUUUAAAGGGAAGAGCCAGGAAGAGGCAGUGCAGCUUCUCUACGGUCUCAUUGCCGGCAAAGAACCUGCCAACUUUGGUGUCACUAAAGUGGCAAAAGCCUCUGCUGUGGACAGGCUAACAGACAGCAGUAAGUUCACCGGUUCUCAUAAGGAGCGUUUUGAUGCGUCUGGAAAAGGAAAAGGCCGUGUUGGGAGGGAAGACAUCCCUGACACCAGUGGAUACGUCUCGACAUACAAAGGCCAAGGCACCUAUGACAGCAAAAUAAAAGAGGACAAAUGAGAGAGGAAAGGACGAAUAAUGUGCAUGUCUGAAGUCUUCCUGGUUUUAUUUCAGCAGUCAUGGCUUGCCUGCAAAAACAAACCCCUGGCUAAAACUUUGCACGGAUACCUGUCUUUAUGACUUUUAUAUCAGUGAGUAAUUCAAAAUUAAUAGUGUGCUGCCGUUAUAAAUCACAAAUACACUUUGGUGAUGCUUGUGUUUGUUUUGAGACCGGUUCUUCUUACUACCAUGUAGCAACCUGUCUGUCCGUUCCUGC